UGGCAGGAUAAAAUCCAAGAGGUUUUUCAAAAAACAUCAUUACUCUGUCAGACUCUGCUCGUGAGGUCACCUACCAAAGAAAACAUGUGGAAGGGUAUAGUCUUAAUUGCCUUAGUGGCAUCAGUGAAGUGCAAUCCGGUAAAAGAAAAUGGUAUCGCUGAAAAUUUCGUGGGUGCAGUCUCUGAGUGUAUUGAUAGAGAUACAUCAUUGUGUUUGAAGGAAAAAGCGCUCAAAUUUGCCGAGCGAUUAGCUAUCACAAAAGAUGUUAACCUCUUUGAAGGUAUUAGCCUCAUCAAUACUGGAUCAGCACGGUCUGCACGCAGCUACGAACCUUUAGCUGAGGAUCCGAAGACCAGGGAAUUUCAGCUGGAAGAGCGGAUUGCCAAUAAUGUUGGGGAUUUCUUUGACAGUCACGUACUGCAGUUACGACUGACUGAGCCUGAUAAUGAAUCUAGGGAUUUGGAUGAUGAAGCUCGUGGCAAAAAGAAGAAGAAGAUCAAGCAACUCCUACCUCUCCUCCUUCUCUUGAAAGUGAAGUUAGCCGCCCUGGUACCAAUUUUCUUAGGAAUCAUCGCCUUCGUUGCUGUUAAGGCCGUGUUCCUUGGAAAGAUUGCAUUCGCCAUGAACGCUUUUAACCUCAUCAGAAAGUUGCUGUCAAAGAAUCACUCAUCAGGAUCCACGAUCAGUAUCACCCCUCAUCAUCAUGAAGAGCACCCUGGGUACAACUACGAGCCAGCCCAGGGAUGGAGUAGGCAAGCAAGCGAUGCCCAGUCAAUGGCUUAUGCUGGUCAAUAA